AGACCAAGUGGGUGGAGCUUAGCCUUCUAACUUAAUAGUUUUAUAUUGGUUUGUAUGGGCAUCUAAUUGUUGGCACUGUUGUAAGCCGCCCUGAGUCCCUUCGGGUGAGAAGGGCGGGAUAUAAAUGUGAGAAAUAAACAAAUAAGUAAAUAACUGACAGCAAUUGGCUAAAACAAUUAUUCCUCUCCCUCUAAUUAGGACUUUAUUUUUCUUUUCUUUUUGUUGUAUGAAUGUAGAGGCAUGGAUGAGGGGUUGUGCUGCCAAGUUUAGUGUUUCUGGGAUGUGUAGUUUUGUUGUUUUGUCCUAGGCCGAAAUUUCAUUACCCUUUUAUAUAUAUAGAUUAUGAUUAUUAUUAUUAUUAUCAUCAUCAUCUCCCCGCUCAUACACACAUUUGAUCAGGGAUGUCCUUUCCUCCUCUUGGAGGAGGCAGAGGCAGGAUCCUUCUUAGUCCGGGUCCUUUGUCUUCCUUGGCAAAAGGAGGGGGGAUCAAAGGCGCUCUUUCCCUCCUUCCUUCCUUCCUUGCUUCUUUCGCCUUGUCAAUCAAAGUCAGCGUGGAGCUGCCGGGUUGCGCCUUCGCCGCCUCCCAACAGGUUGGAAAGUCAUUAAUUACUGACUCGGCCAUGCAGCUUUGCGCUCCUGCUGCCGACGCUCAAGCCACCGCCGGGGUUUCUCUGCUGCUGCUGCUUCUGCUGCUGCUUCUGCCUUCCCCGCUUUCUCUGCUUUGCUGCCCAUGGAGCAUUAGGGCGCAGCAUGGCCCUCCGGCUCCUGGCUCCUUGUUGGUCGCUGCUACUCCUCGCCUGCGCUAAGGACAGUAGUGAGCCGGCGGAAGGAGCAGGUACCUGGAAUGAAGAGAUCACCAAGUGGUGGGGGGAAUGGAGCUCCUGGUCCACCUGCUCCCGUACCUGUGGAGGGGGAGUGAUGUCCCGAGAGAGGCACUGCCUAAGGCAGCGGUUGCAAGUAGCUCAAGGGACAAAUAACAGCAUGUGUGUUGGUCUGUCCAAGCACUACCAGCUAUGCCAGCAGCAGCCUUGCCCUGCCAAUACCGUCAGCUUCAAGCAGCAUCAAUGUGCCAGCUUCAAUGCCAAGGCCUUCGGGAAACACUAUUAUCACUGGAUGCCUCUUUAUCCAGAUGAUUAUACCAGCAUCUCCAACAAGCCGUGCGAUCUCCAGUGCACCACUAGAAGUGGAGAGAGACAGCUGAUGGCACAAGCGCAGGACGGCACGUCAUGUAAGGACAGGGCCUACCAAGGGGUCUGCAUCGGUGGAAAGUGUGAGCCAAUAGGGUGUGAUGGCAGCCUCUAUUCUUCCCAGGUGAUGGACCGGUGCCGUGUAUGUGGAGGAGAUGGAAGCACUUGCUACCGAGUCUCUGGCAGUUUUCGAAAAGGGAUCUCACAGUUAGGCUAUGUGUUUAUCACUAACAUCCCUGCUGGUGCUACAGACAUUCUCAUUAUUGAGCAGAGGAAAACAGAGAACAUACUGGCACUGGCUGAUGACUCUGGGCACUUCUUCUUCAAUGGGAAUUCUGCUCUUGCCAACCCUCAGAACUUCAAAGUGGCUGGCACCGUCUUCAAAUACCGCCGGCCUUCCAAUCUCUAUUCUGAUGGUCUGGAAUAUAUUAUUGCACAGGGUCCCACCAACCAGUCUCUCAAUGCCAUGUACUAUAAUUUUAAUGGGAAAAUGCCCCAUGUGACCUAUGACUACACUGUGCCAAGGAGACUGUCACCAGCUCUUCAGACCGUUUCCCCUGUUAUCAAGAUGCCUAUCCAUCUUCACCUUCCGGGGCCCAGCCACAGUCGCCAGGAUGCCAUCCCUCCCAUUUCUGAAGAUUUUAAUGACACUUGGAUCUCUCUGGCACCAGAUGACAUUGGGGAACGUUUCACACAAGGAGAGGACCAUGAAGGCAUGGUCUUCAAGAACCAAAACUUUUUCCCCAGUAAUUCCAGCGCUCAAGAAAAAGAUUGGGACUGGAAGCACAGGGAAGAGGAGGAAAGAUUUGGUUUCCAAGUUCGACAGGUUUAUCAUACAAAUGGAGCAGGUGAUGAUGAAGAGCUGGGAACCAGCAGAGAUCCAGACCUGGACCUCAAGCUCAAUCAUAUUACAAUCAGCACGGCUAUGCCCCAUGGUACAGCAAGGCCAGAACGCCAAGAGACCAGCAGGAUUGGGUUAUCCAGGCUACGUCUAUUCCGGAAAUUGUGUCUCCAAGAUCUGCAAAAUGCUGCGAUUUGUAGAGAGUUGCAUUACCUGGCAAUCAAGCUGGGAAGGAAGAAUUCAACAGCGGUGUUUUGGGGAGAACCAUUGGUGGAGUUGCCAGAGGGACUGCGCAAGCAACCUACAAGGAAAAAAAUUCUUCAACAUGUAAAUAGUGAAGUUUUCGCUGUGGAUGAAACAACGAAUGACACAGUUAUGGCAUCAUCUUCCAAGCCCAGUUCCACCUUUCACCUGGGUUUUGUGAACAAACACCUGUCGGAAGCUCUUCAGGCUCCAGGCUCUGAAAGCAAUGACUUUGAACUGAACCCCCUUGGCCAUGACGACAUCAGCCUGGCGGACAUGUAUCGCUGGAAAGUAUCUGCCUAUGCUCCUUGUAGCUCUACAUGUACAUCAGGGAUCAGCACUUCCUAUGCCAUGUGUGUCCGCUAUGAUGGAGUGGAAGUGGAGGAAACAUAUUGUGAUGCACUGACUCGUCCUGAACCCACUCAUGAGUUCUGUGCUGGCAGAGACUGCCAGCCUAGGUGGGAGACCAGCCGAUGGAGUGAGUGUUCCAGGACUUGCAGCGAAGGCUUUCAGUACCGAACUGUGCGUUGUUGGAAGAUGCUGGCUCCAGGAUUUGAUAGCUCUGUUUAUGAUGACAUGUGUGAGUCAAUUGAACUAACCAGACCCAUGGAAAGGAAGCAAUGCAGAAAUAAACCUUGUGGUCCACAGUGGGAGCUGUCAGAGUGGUCUGAGUGUUCUGCUCGGUGUGGUGGUCCUGGUACAAUGAAGAGGGAAGUGCGCUGCUCCGUAGAAGCAAACCUGUGCAAUGACUCUGUGAGACCUAUCAGCCAGAGGGAAUGCUCUGGGCCUCCCUGUGACAGGCACUGGACUGUCUCAGACUGGGGAUCGUGCUCAGGCUUGUGCGGUGAGGGACGGAUGAGCCGCUUUGUCACAUGCCGCAAUCUGGAGGGAAAAGUAAUCUCAGAUUCCCAGUGCAACCCCAAGACCAAGCCUCUGGCAAUUUAUCCCUGUGGAGAUAAGAACUGCCCUGCACAUUGGGUUGAGCAGGAGUGGGAUCAGUGCAAUGCCACGUGUGGACGUGGUGUCAAGAGGAGAACGGUUUUGUGUGUGGGGCUCGAAAAUGGCCUUUACAGAGAAUAUGCUGAGGAGCACUGUGAUGCUUUCCCAAAACCAGACAUGCAGGCAUCCUGCUUCAAGAGACCCUGUUCAACAUGGUUUUCAACCUCUUGGUCACAGUGCAGCAAGACGUGUGGCACGGGCCUGCGUUUCCGAGAGGUGAAGUGCUACCAAGGAGAAACCCUAGGACAAGGCUGUGAGUCGGCUUCCAAGCCAGAAGCCAAGCAGACAUGCCAGCUACAGCUCUGUCCCACAGAUGCCCCAGAUGAAGACUGUGAAGAUAAAGCAACCGCUAACUGUGUGUUGGUCCUCAAAGUGAAGCUCUGUUCACACUGGUACUAUAGGAAGGCUUGCUGUAGAUCUUGCAGGAGCAAAUCACGCUGAUUCCUCACAUGGUCCUUUCCAGCCUGGAAGAAGGAGCUUGACUGAAAUAUACAUCCGAGACCAGAAACUUUGAUGCCUGACUCACGUGGAUUCUUAGACUAUAUCAUAUCCAGCUUCUAGAUUUUUUUUUUUUGGCGUUUCCAGACGUCAGAAAGGCCCCUUGUCGGCCUUUCCAAAAGACACGAUACCUCAUUCAGACAGUACAACUCCCAAACUGAUGGAACUGCCCACAGAUUUUUUUUGACAUGGGCUAUUUGUGAAGUGGAAUAUCAAAAUACCCAGGCUUUAUGUAUUGCCACCAAUACUUUACCUGCUGCAUCUGCUUGGCUGAUUCUCAGUUCAAUGUGGAUGUUUCAGCUCCUUCUCUCAUACAGCUCAUGCCUUUACAUUUAUGCAGUAUUUUGUAUUGCAUAAAGCUUUUCAAGCAGCCCAAAAGUUUAUCACCCCCAUCUUUCCUAUAGCAACCAAUCAGUAAAUUGUGGGAAGCCUAUAAUCAGGAUUUCAUGACAGUAGCCCUCCCUGACCAUACAGGUACUAUGUAGCUGUCAUAGCCAAUAGCUGCUGGUAAACAAUAGCCAGUGUUAGUUAGUUAAAGUUAAAGUAGACCCACUAGCUCAGUGGUUCUCAACAUGUUGGGUCCCCAGAUGUUUUGGCCUACCCCAGAAAUCCUAACAGCUGUUAAACUAGUUGGGAUUUCUGGGAGUUGUAGGCCAAAACACCUGGGGACUCACAGGUUGAGAACCACUGCACUAGUUGAAAGUUACAUAAGCAUCGAGUCACCAAAUUCCCAUUGAUUCAGUGAGUCUAUUCAAGUAGGGAAGUAGCACUUGGAUUCUGGCUAUAUUCUCUGAAAGAUGUUCUCUAUUCAUUUGCCUAAUUUUUAAAAGCCAUAAAUGAAACACACACAAAGGUCCACUCACAUACUCAAAGAAAGGAAUGAGGGAGAGUAAAAAGGUAGGUUUCUGAAAAGCCCCAUAUAGCAAGUUGUUUGUAUUUAGUAGUCUUCCAUCCACUUGAUCAAUGUCUUAAAAGCAUCAUUUCACAAUAAAGAGCGCGAAAACUACA